GAGCGAGUAAUUUUACAUUUUGGCCACAGUUUUACCUAGUUAAAAAAUGUGUAUAAGUUAUAUUUGGAAGGGAAAUAAGUCGUCUUGCUAACGCUAUAAGUCUGUUUUAACGUUGACAUUACAUGCUAAUUCAUGUGUUUGUGUUUAUUUACGCUAACUUACUAACUUUUGUUUAGCUAAUUAGCAUACCGUUAGCUACAUGAGCGUCUCCUGCGCCAUGCUGGAGGAACCAGAGAGCAGAGAACCCUCUCUGUUUGAUCCGUCUGUGAACAGCCACAGACCCGCAUCAGGGAAGUCCCAGGACAUUUCUCACGUGUUGGCGAGCACCUUCAAGGACCUUUACACUAAAGACAUCAUUGGGAAAGACACUUUGUCCAACCUCAUCAAGACAAAGAAUGGACGCAGCAGCUACCAUGACAGAUAUGUGGAAGAGCUUCAACAGGCUCAUUCUGAGUACAGCCGGCGUAUAAAAGAGGCGGACAUGCUGGAGAGUCAUAUAAUCCAGGCCAGGGCUCGGGCUGCAGCCACAGAGAGGCAGGCCUACGAGAGGAUGAGGGAGAGGAUGGGAGACAUUAUCGAUCAACAGGGCCUCCUCACAGUCCAAUCUGCCUUUUCCUGGUGCGUGGACAAAGACCUUCUCGAAAUGAACAACCUCCUUUCCCCCCAGGACUACUUACCUACACAAAAACCACAUGUGGAAGCACCGGCAGCAAUAAAAUCAAAUCCUGGCAAACCCACCCUCUCCUACGCCAUGCACGUGUCCAAGGAGCCUCAGGAUGAUGGUUACACUUUAAUUCCCAGUCCAGAGAAGAUCAUUCUAGGCGAAUCAGAUCUCAGCCUGACUUUUGAAUCAAGCUCAGUCACCCCAACGAGAAGGCAACCUAAAGAGAAGUCCAAACAGACCGUACCUAGACCCAAGUGGAAGGAUGAGCCCAGCGCACAGGAUCGAGAAGAGGGACUGGAGAAACUUCAGAAGCUGAAAGAUCGACACAAUUUCCUACGCAACCCUCGCUUCCUUCCUCCGAGUGCACAGCAGGGGGGCACAUCCCUCGUCCGGCCCAGAACCAAAGUGGGGAAGAAGGAGCAUGAGAAGAGAGGCAUGGAGGAACAAAGCUCCACUGAUGAUCCUGUGUUCCUAGCUACUCCCUCAGUGGUCAUGUUCACCGACUACACUGUAGGACAGGUAUACGAGACUACACUGGAGCUGAAAAACUUGACGUCUGCCAGCCGUACGGUCCGAGUCAUCCCCCCCAACACUCCUUACUUCUCCAUUGGCCUCGGGAGGUUCCCGGGUGAGGGGGGUGUUGUUGCCCCGGGGAUGAGCUGUAAGUACACAGUGCGCUUCGCUCCAAACUCUCUGGGGGAAUUUGAGGACUUCCUGGUGGUGGAGACCCAGGCUGAGCAGCUGCUUGUGGUGCCCGUCAUGGCCAGAAGACCCCCUCCAAUACUCACAUUACCAAGAGUUCUGGAGUGUGGUUGUUGUCUGAUCGGAGGAGUCAAGUUCGUGGAGUUCCUGUGCCAAAAUGUUGGCGUCAGCGCCGGGACGUUCUGCAUCGUCCCCAAAAACCAGUGGCCAGCCUCCAACCUGAGGUGUCUGGCGAGAACUCACUUCUCUGAGCAGCCACCCUUUGCGAUCAGCCCGUCUCUUUUUGUGCUGCAGCCAGGAGAGGUCACUGUAGUGGAGGUGGUUUUUUUCCCCACCGCUGCUGAGAAGAGCUGUCAGAUGUUCACCAUAGUGUGUGAUAACUGUCAGGUGAAAGACAUUUCCAUUGAAGGUGAGGGCCAGCUGAUUGCUCUGGAGCUUGUGUCUGUUUCUGGGAGGAAGGAGCCCCCGGUGGUGGGAGAGGUGCACGACCUCACUGCAGAGCACUUUGUCCGAUUCAGCCCCUGUAACCCUCACUCUGUGCAGGAGAAGAGAGUCAUCAUUAGGAACAACGUCCACCUGGAGCUGCCCUUCCACUGGCACACCAUGAAGCCCAACCUGCACCCGCAGCUCCCAGGGGAAACUCCAGAGCCCAAACACAUCCAGUUCCACCCGACCACAGACGGUGUUUUCCACGUCACCCCGAUAACUGGCGUUCUUCCCCCCUGUCAGGAGCAAGAGUUUCUGUUCACCUUCUGCCCUAAAGAGUUGGAGGAUUACCACAGUGUUUGUCACUUAGUCCUGAGGGAUGUUCCCCAGCUGCCACCAGAGUCCAGUGACAAUAGGUGUAAACCCAGUGUCCUCCAGCCUGUGCGCACUGGCUCCAAUGUGAGCGAUGUCAUCGUCAUGGAGAUAGAGGUCAAGGGGUCAACAGAGCCGUACCACGUCCUGCUGGAGCCGUACGCCGCCGUGAUUCCCGGAGAGAUUUUUAUUUGCACGACCACAUGCAGGCAGUUCAAGAUGUGGAACCACAGCAGAACCGCCAUCUUUUUCCAGUGGGAACGGAUGAAAAGCAGCAGCCAUAUAAUAGAAGUACAGCCCUCUGCUGGUACAAUAGAGGAGAACGAGUGUUUUGAUUUCGACCUGAUUUUGAACGGAGGGAAACCAGAGAGGGUUGUUACCAGUGUGGUUUGCCACAUAGAGCACCGCCACGAGCCCGUCACUUUGGCAGUGGAAGUCUCUUUUAAGGGUCCUCUAGUGACCCUGAAUGUUCCCAGUGUGGACUUUGGGCUCCUGAAGCUCGGGGAGCACACUCAGACCUCGCUGAUCCUCACUAACGUCACUCAGCUGGAAGCCGGCUGGAGGCUGCAGGAGAGGCAGCACCAACACCCACAGAUUUUAGUGGCGCCAUGCAGAGGUGUGCUUCCCCCUUUGACCUCUUGCAGUGUGGAUGUGCUAUUUAUUCCCAUUUCCUGCCAGCGAUAUGAAACAGAGCUGGAGUUAACGGUGGAGAAUGGAACAGGAUGCCACCUGUCAGUGCGGGCAGAUGUUCAGACGCCUCAGGUGUGUCUGCUCAGCUGUGAGCUGCUCCUCUCUGAACUCUACAUGGGGGUGCAUGCCAGAGCCACCGUCACUCUGUUCAACCAGACGCUGCUGCCCUCUCACUUCAGCUGGAUGGCUGAGCUGCAGGGUGAACUGGCUGAUCUGUGUUCAGCCACUUUCGAGCCGUCCUCCGGCACUCUGGGACCUAACGACAGCUUGGAGAUCAAAGUCACCUUUACCUCUCACACAGAUGUGGAGCUGACGGAGAUAGCUGCUCUCUGUGAGGUCCAAGGGAUGAACUCUCCUCUUGUUCUUAGUAUCGUUGCUUCCAAAAUCAAGAAACUCAGUGUGUCCUACUCCCUGCCAAGUGUCUGCUCUCCCUCAGGUGAUGAGAGCCCCUCAGCACUGGUACUUGACUUUGGAGACGAUGUUAUUCUGAAGAGAGCUGUUACCAAGCAGUUACUGAUAACCAAUCAAACUGCCAUCCCUGCGCCUUUCACCAUCGAAGCAGAGUAUUUCAACUGCCAUGCCUCGAAGCCAAAUAACCAGUCAGAGAAAAGACCCACAUACGUCAAGAAGCCGCUGCACUCUGUUCAAGCCAAGAAAGUAGAGAAAAAAGCACAAGAGGAGUUUGUGAGCGGCCUGCUGGCUCAUGGGAAAGGAGCCGCUUUCUUGGUCCUUCCACAAAAUGGGAUUCUGGGAGCUUUUGAGACGCAGACUGUGGACGUCACCGCCUACACCGACAUGUGGGGGGAAUACAGAGAUCUCCUCGUAUGCAAAGUGGGGGACCUGGAGCCCUCGUUCCUCCCCAUGCAGAUGAAGGUGACAGGCUGCCCUCUCUACUUCCAAAUGACGGGCCCACGUCCAGAAUACCAGAACCAGGGACCCAUCACACAGUUUGGCACUCAUGCUUCUGGAGGUGACACAGUGUCCAGAUCGCUUCGCAUCAACAAUCCCACCAUGUUUGAUAUCCGCAUGGACUGGGAAACCUUUAACAUCGACCAGAACGACGGUAAACUGGUGGAUGUGGUGGUGGCGUACGGAGAAGCCUUUCCUCUUAAAGAUGCUGAUGGCAACGAGCUGCUGAGCGGAGCUGUAAGGAUUUCUGGUGCAUCCUGGGAAAUAAAUCAGUCCCCAGGCUCUGAGGGAACGAGCUCCUCCCUCCGAAGCAUGACCAGCGGGGAGGAAUAUGUUUCUGAGGAUGAAGGUGAGGAAGAGGAAACCUGCCUCUAUCCCGCUCCUGCAGAGAAAAAACUAAUCUCCGUUCUGGUCAGACCUCAUGUGGGCAACCUGUCGGAUUACCCAUACUGCAUCACACCCCAGCAAAUAGUGAUUCCAGCCAAAAGCAGCGGCACCAUCCACGCGUCCUUCACUCCUCUGACUCUCUCCGGGUCAGCUUGGGAGUCCAGAUCUGUGGGUCUGGCUCUGGGUUUCAUGAGUCUAGACUCAGAGAUGGCUGCCUGUGUCCCGGGUAAAGUGAUCAGAGCUCAGGGUUUGGAUCUGGAUCCACUCAGAGUGGAUCUACUAGCAGCCGUUAAGCCUGCAGCGCUGUCGGUGCAGAUGGAGGAGGACGGGGGGGCGCUGCAGUUUCACGCCUCGGCCGGUGAUUUACUGACGGCAGAAUCAGAGGAGAAAAAGCUGCUCGUUCGGGACUUUGACGUCACGCGGGCCCUUCAGCUGAAAAACAACUCAGAGAUGCCGCUACACUUCAAACUGGGGGCUCAGGAUCCAUUUGUAGUGCUCAGGCCGCAGACUAGAGUCCAAAGCAGCAGCUCCAGCAACCCCCCCACUGCAGAGAGCCAGACCCUGCUGCUGCAGCCGCAACACAGCAUGCAGGUGAAGGUGUCUUUCCGCUGCUCCCUGUCUCUCCUGGAUCAUGCCGAGCAGACAGUGGAGGAACUUCCUCCCGGGGUUACGCUGAUGCAUCGUCCUCGAGGGGGGAGCAAGCUGAGGCUCCAGCAGAACCUCCUGAUUCACUACAGCAACAACAGUCUGCAGACGGUGCCUCUCUGUGCAGAUUUGGAUCUCGUUUCGAUGCGUCUGUCCAGCGACUGCAUCGACUUUGGGAUCUGCCACAUCGGACAGACGCAGACAUUAGACGUCACUCUGCAAAGCCACGGAGCGCAGACCUACUGGAAAGCAGUUUUAGAGUCAGAUGAAGGACAGGAUGUGUUCAGAGUGACCCCAGACUUCGGGCUCCUCGUCCCCGGCUGCAGUCUCUGUCUCCAGAUCAGUUUCACUCCCAGUGAUGACGGAGAGUUCAGGGCCGCGGUGGUCCUCUGGUCUCCUCUGGUGAAGCCCCCCCUCACUCUGCAGCUGCAGGGGACAGGGUCCUAUGAUGAAGUGCACCGGUCACACUGAGUGUCCUCUCAACACCACAGUCACAUAAACACAAACACAUAUAAGCCCUUUGUAAGAUUGUAAAUAAAUGUGAAGAGCAACUUG